GCUCAUUGAACUCUUGAGGAACGCUCCUCCAGUGGAGUAAAGCGCUGCAGCUGUCUGCGCAUGCGCGCUCUUCAAAGUUCAGCGAGCGGCUCAGCUCGGAUUCCUCAGCUCUUCACCGCCGUCUUCACUCGAGGAGAGCGCUGUUUCUCAGAGCUACUCAGAGCUCGACAUGGAGUGAGCCAGCCAACGCGCGUCUCAGACUUUCGGCGUUAGUUGCGCUUCUUGAGUAAAUUACGGGCUAGAAAGUGAACCGAUACUGAAGAAAAACACCAUGUAGUGAAGAAUACACGGACGCUGGACUGUUUUAUUCCAUACCGUACCUAUUCCAUACAGAGCAGAGCUAUAGUAUCGCGCUGGGGGAGAAGUGGACAGCGGUGGGACAAACAUGCUCUCGCCGUUCUUGGCGUAUUUGCUGUCGGUUGUGCUUCUGUGUCGGAUUGCACGCUCCCAGUACUCAAGCGACCAGUGCAGCUGGAGGGGAAGUGGGCUGACCCAUGAGGGACACACUCGGGAUGUGGAACAGGUGUAUCUCCGCUGUGCCCAGGGGUUCCUGGAGUGGCUUUACCCCACAGGGGCCAUCAUCGUCAACCUGCGGCCAAACACACUGUCCCCAGCGGCGUCUCUUCUCUCCAUCUGCAUCAAGCCCUCUAAAGAGUCCAGCGGGACCCACAUCUACCUGGACCGGCUGGGCAAACUGCGGUUGCUCCUUCGUGAGGAAGAUCAGGCCGAGGGGAGAGUGCACUGUUUCAGCAUCCAGGACGGGGCGCUUUUCAUCGAGGCAGUGCCUCAAAGGGACAUCAGCCGAAAAAUCACAGCCUUCCAGUACGAGUUGGUCAACCACAGACCAGGAGCAGAUCCACAGUCAUUAUCUGCACCCUGCCAACCCUGUACAGAUGCGGAGGUCCUGCUGGCCGUUUGCACCAGUGACUUUGUGGCACGGGGCAGUAUUCUUGGUGUGGCGGAGGAGGAGGAGGACCGGACCUCUGUCACCGUGUCCCUGAGUCGCCUUUACAGACAGAAGACACAAGUGUUUGUGUCAGGGGGCGGCCGGGCUAAACGCUGGACAGGCUUUGUGAAGAUGCCCAGGCAGUGCGGGGUUAAACCAGGGGAGGGUGAGUUCCUCUUCACUGGGACUGUGCGAUUCGGAGAGGCCUGGCUCAGCUGCGCUCCACGGUACAAGGACUUCCUUAGGGUGUAUCAGGACGCACAGCAGCAAGGGACCAACCCAUGUCAUUUGGACACAGACUGAAUUCUUUCCAGGAAACCACACGGUCCGCCCCGUCACAAGGAACUGUGACCCUGCGAGGAGUUGUCUGUCUCUGUUUGUGUCUGCAGAGAAAUUGGGUUUAAAUUGUAUAGACUGCAAUACCGAUGCAGAAACCUGCUGUCCCAGCAUUGACUGACAGCAGGACUCGUGCUCUUAAAACAUCCCGCAAAGACAGCCGAAGUUGGACUUGAAUUUACUAAGCCAAUGCCGAUUUCUCCUGAUAUGUCUUAAGACUGAUAUUCCUGAUUUUAAUUUUUUAUUUUUUUUCUUGUGGUCACAAUGUAGCAGAUCUGGCUGAUGAAUGUGUAAAAAUGUGAAAAGAACAUUCUAAAACGGAAGUCCCAAAUGCUUUGUAAAAAGCUUGAUGUACAGUUUUGCAGUUGUUUCUAUGACAGAAAUAUAUUGAUGAAAAAGCCUGCUUUUUAAUUUUUAUUUUUUAAGAAAAUUUGAAGUGCAAUUCCUGCCUGUGUUUUAUCUUCAGGCUGUUCAAUUGCAACUGUGUCUUUCCAAGGAUUAAAACUUUUUUUUUUCUCUUUGGAAUCAAA